GUACACAAACGUUUACCCUCUUUUUCCAAAUUGACAGUUGUUGUUGUUGUCAUAAAUUUCAAGAGUAGGAUAAAUCUACCUGCGCACCGGUCCAAAUGGAAAAAAGGAAAACAACACAUUCUUUUCCUGAAUAAUGAUAAAAAAAAUGAGGAAGAUGACACGACAAACAAUGGUUUACAGCUGAACUGUUUAAAAACUAAGGUGAAAUAGACUGGUCCAAUAUAGAUGAAAUAGACUGCUUAAGAAUACAAUCUACUUUAACAAAAAGACUGUUUUCUUAAAAUAUUCAAGGAAAAGCUGGAUUUGAAGUUACGGACAUGCUUUGAAAGAAAUAAGAAAUUUUUACAUCCAUUUACCCAGACAGAACGCAAAUUCCAAAGUAACUUUAGGAUCAUACAAGACAAAAACUGGAAUUGAAAAAUGAAGUUUGCUGAACAUUUGGGAGCGCAUAUUACACCAGAAUGGCGGAAACAGUAUAUUCAGUACGAGUUGAUGAAGGACAUGUUGUACCAGGCCCAGGAACAGGCCCCUUCAGAAGAAGUUACUGAUGAGAGCAUUAUUCAGCGAUACUUUGCAAGAUUUGAUGAAAAUUUCUUCCAGUUCUGUGACAAGGAACUUGCUAAAAUCAACACAUUCUUUUACGAGAAAAUAUCUGAAGCGACGAGAAAGUAUGCGAGUCUGAAGGCCGAACUUCAGCAUUAUACAGAGCAUGAGAAAAAACCUUCAACUCUACAUUUACGACGUCGUAGAUCCAGCGUCGCCUUCUUUAAAGAAAAGGAGCAUAAAGAGCUCAAUAGAACACGGAAGCUGCACGAUCUGAAGCUGGCCUUCAGUGAGUUCUACCUUAGCUUGAUUCUUCUACAGAACUACCAGACCCUCAACUUUACCGGCUUCCGGAAAAUUCUUAAAAAACAUGAUAAGUUGAUGAAAACAACACGAGGGUUGGUAUGGAAGCAGACGCACGUCGACACAGCAGCAUUCUAUACAAACAAAGAAGUAGAUCAUCUCAUCUCCGAAGUUGAGACCUGGGAACCAGCAUUGAGAAUGUAUCGUGGAAUGUUUAUUGUGAUACUCGACAUAUUCCUGCUCGGUAUAAACACAUACGGUUGGAGGUCAUCAGGGGUCAAUCACGUGCUUAUUUUUGAGAUUGACCCAAGGCACCAUCUAACACACCAACAACUCAUGGAACUGUCGACAGGACUGGCAGUGAUAUGGUGUGUCAGCACACUGUUAUUUUUGUUCAGUGGAGUUUUUGGCGUAUCAGCUUACAUAUUUCCUCUGGCGCUGGCUGGCUUCCUUUUCCUAUUUCUUAUUAAUCCAAUCAAAAUUUUCCAUCAUAGUUCAAGGAUGUGGCUCCUCCGAAUAUUGUUCCGAAUAUUCACUGCACCAUUCCAUCAUGUAGGGUUCGCUGAUUUCUGGCUUGCUGACCAGUUAAACAGUUUGGCUACAGUUCUUCUUGACUUUGAAUUCAUGGCAUGUUUUUAUGCGUUUGAAGUUGACUGGAUAGGACCUGAUCAACCACAAGUUUGUACAAAGCAUGUGUAUGGAAUUCGGACAGUUGUCAGUAUUUUACCAGCAUGGUUCAGAUUCGCCCAGUGCUUGCGGCGUUACCGAGACACGAAACUAGUGUUUCCUCAUGUGAUAAAUGCAGGAAAAUAUUCCACAACGUUCUUAACAGCUUUUUUCUCUACCAUGUAUCACCUCCAGAAAGAACUGUAUGGAGACCAGCACAGACAGUCACAUGCAUUUUUCUAUCUCUGGAUUGUGUCUGCUGUAUUCAGCUCUUGUUAUACACUGACUUGGGAUCUAAAGAUGGAUUGGGGCCUUUUAGAUUCCAGCGCUGGUGAAAAUAGAUUCCUCCGAGAGGAAAUUGUUUAUGCUUAUAAGGCUUAUUACUAUUUUGCGAUUGUUGAAGAUUUUAUUCUACGAUUUAUAUGGUCCCUGACGGUAUCAAUAGGUGAAGGUUUGUUGGUGCAUAGUGAAAUACUGCGUACACUGCUGGUUUCUUUGGAAAUAUUCAGGCGUUUUGUAUGGAACUUUUUCCGCUUGGAGAAUGAGCAUUUGAACAACUGUGGUCAGUUCCGAGCUGUUCGAGAUAUAUCUAUAGCUCCGAUAGACUCGAGCGAUCUCUCUCAGCUUAUCGAGAUGAUGGAUGAAGACGAUGGAGCGUAUACCCACAGAUCUGAGAAACGUAGACUUAUCGGAAACACAGUGAAGAUCUCCAAAAGAAACAAAAAGGAGAAACAUAUAGAAGACAACGUUCCCGAUAAAAUACCAUGGAAAUUCAAGGGAGUUUGAGAGAUGGAAAAGACCACAUGUAUGACAGAGACUGAGCAUCAAGGGACUUGUGCCUAAUGUCUUAGUAUGAUAGACAAGAAUGCAUAAUAUUAGUGAAAUAAAGUGCCAUAUUCAGACUUAAUGGGACAUGCCUCCAGAUGAAAAUCAAAAUUCAAUUUUUAGCUCAACUAUCCGGAGAGUAGGUCAUGCUGUUGGACUCGCCAGGGAGUCAGCAUCUGGGUCGUCAGUGUCUUGCUUUGGUUAAGUUUUUGUAUGUGAGCUGGUUUCUCAGUAUCUACUGACAAGAAUGGAUUGAAACCUCUCAAAGUUGUUCACUCAGAUGAUCUGAUGAGUCCCUAACUCUGCUUUGCAUUUAAACAAAUUAUGUCCCUUUAUCAACUUAGCAAUUUUUGGUUAAGUUUUUUUCAUGUGAGCUGGUAUCUCAGAACCCACUUUUGGGAAUGAAUUGACACACACACUUGUUCAUUAUGAUGAUCCGAUAUGCAAUGCAGAGGUUCCAUAACACUGCUUUGCAUUUCAACAAAUUAUGCAUGCCCCCAUUCCGACUUCUGUAUUCAUUCUAUUGACAAGGCUGUUGAAUAGUCAAGCGUUCCAACAGCUUCUUUUUUAAAAAUGAUAGCCAUUGCAGUUAGACAUCAAAAAUGAUAAACCAGCAUUGUUUAAGCAGAUAGUUUUAAUUGUAUCAUAUAAAAUACAGCUUAAUUCUAAAACUAAUACUUUUAAGAGUUUUCUUCAUAAUUUUUCAAACAAAUGACAUAAAUCAGGAAGCCUGCAGCUUUAGAGCAAUUGUAAAAAUGAGAAGAUAUCUGUUGAGUGAAAAAAUGUAUAUUAUUCACCUGAAUGUAAUUGUGAACAAUGUAAGUAAUUGCCUUCGUAAGUAAGUGAGAAAUAGAACUUUUUCUCUUGUUUGUAAACGAGAAAUGAAAAUUAUUGUGAAUAAUAUUUUAAACUGGAAAUUGUUGCCCUAGAAUAUUGGUGGGAACGUGAAAUUGUUGCCAUUGAAUUGUUGUCAUUGAAUAUCAGUGAGAACUGGAAAUUAUUGCCCUUGAAUUAACAGUGAGAAUUGGAAAUUGUUGACCUGGAAUAUCAGUGAAAACUAGAAAUUAUUGGCCUUGUAUAUACAAAAUGAAUUGAAAGCUCAUAAAGAUAAUAUAAUAUAUAUAAGAAUUGAUCAUGUUUAUGCAUAUUUUAUAUUGCAUUUUGCAUAUUGCAUUAUAUUGCAUACUUGAGCUGAUGUCUUUCAUUAUUGUGUGUAAUUUAAAUGUCCAUUGUGUAAUUCUAUAGAGAAAUAAAAAAAAUAUGUAGAAAGUGGAUUAUUCUUAUCCAGUUGUGUAAAAUUUCCACUUAGUAUAAAUUAUUUCCACUCUCUAGAAUUAUCUAAGAUUUUCAGGAACUUGUAUUCCCAUAAAGGACUACACCACUACUAUAGAAAAAAAGAUAAAGGGCUGUUUACUUUUAUAUCCGAAAGUUCAGUUCAUUACAUACAACCUUUAGAUUUUUUUCGUUUCAGUGUCUUAUUUCGAGAGCUGCCAUUUUUAUCUAGCAAACAAUAGGAGCAUGUAGAUUUCAAUAGAAUGUUACAUACACAUAUUGUGGUACAGUAGGGUAACACAGUCCUUAGUAACUGAGAAAAGGCACAGAGAAAAGCUGUUUAUAUUUGGAACCUGCGUACGCUUACAUUUGAAUUGGUAGUUAUCAGCAUAUAUUCAGACUUAUAUUUCAUCUAUGCAAAAGUUAAUAGGUUGUUGCCCUUUGAAAUAUAACAACAUCAAAACAACAGUUUAUUGUCCAUAAAGAAAAAGAUUUUAGUAACUUGCAGGCUCUCUUUAUAUUAACACACCUUAAUGUUAACAAAAGACAAUAAACAGAUAUAGAAUUCUA